GUCAGGCGGAACUCUCUUCCCUCUCAUUCUUUGGUGUGAAACGGCCAAGGCCCUUUGGCGGUGUAAUGGGAAGAACCUACCAGGAUAUACUUAUAUAUUUAAAUUACAAGUAAAAUCGGUUUAGUGUGUGUUACCCAAAGCGAAAUUAAUCCAAGCAUUGGUCACAACUCACAAAUGACGGCUUCGUUUUUAUUAAUGAAAUCCUAAGAUGUCGCGGAGAGAUUCAACAGACGAUCUGUAGCACUGUGUUAGGCUCAAGAAAGAACAAAAAGACUUGAUCUAUGGACAAAGAAAACUCAUCUAAAAACCAUGACCAGAUCCCCGAAGAUCCUCAGCGAUUGGAAGUGAAGAACCUUAAUCAGGACACAGAGAUGAAAUAUGACGCAAAUGGGUUUCCGUAUUCAACUACUUCAACUCCAGUGAACGAACCAAAUGUCUUCCAUGAAAACAAAAAGGUGGAAUACGACGCAAGUGGAUCUCCGUACACAACGCCAGCAAGUCAACAGACUGACAUGCAUAAGUCAGACAACGAGAAGUCGGAAAUGUCCCAGAACUCAAAGACCGGACCUAGUGUCACUGUUGAGCUGGGUGAUCUAGAAGUCCAAUCAGAUCUCCCCGGCUUCUAUCCGCAAAGCAAACCACAGGCAGCGCAGCCCAAAUCAUGGCCAGAGCAAAUUCCUCCUGUUCAUGGGCCCGUACAGAGUCAGCCAUGGAUCGUACCGCCCCAGCCAUGGUAUGCGCAACCAACAAGGGUUUUCAGUAACAUACAGCCUCAACGUGAUGACCAGGUCCCGUCAAAGUCACUCUGCUCAGUUUAUUUGUGCUUGAGUAUAUUUGUGUUUCUAUUUUGCUGUUGGCCUCUAGGAAUUGUGGCUAUCGUUCGAUCAAGUCAGGCCAGGACAUAUUCUCGCAUGGGACAGUAUGAGGAAGCCAAUGCUAGAUACAGCUCUGCUAAAAUGUUUAUUAUUUUAUCUUUUGUAAUAGGCAUUAUAUGUAACGCCAUUGUUGCUGGCAAUAUUUACUAUCGGAUUAGUCAAUGGGAUUCCAGUACUUCAUAUUAGCAAGAAUAACAAGUUAUAGUACAAUAGUUAUAAAAAAAAUAACACAAUAAACGGUGUGCUUUCAUUACUGUCUCCCUCCUGUAGUAUAUACAAAUAUUUUAAACUUCUAAGUACCUCGACAUUGUCUUGAAGGAUACAAUUUUACUGCGUGCGUCAGAGACAAGAAAAAAAAAAGAAAACCAACAUUACUGAGUGAAGUAUUUAAAUGCAGUGUAAACAAAAAAGCCUUUACAAUGUUUUACCAUGGCUCACUUCUGAAGUAUUUACGUUUUAGCAGCUCUGCCUAGUUUGGCAAUCUGGACAUACAAAGUAAAAAACGACAACUUCAUAUCAUUAACGCUGCUAUAUAUUCGUUGGCAACAAAUUACACUUGGACACUUAUUCUAGAAAUAAACAUAUUUAAGAAAGUUAGAUAACAUCCUUUAGGGCACGAUAUAAAAAGUUUGCCCUAACAUAGAAGCUAUAAAGGCUGAGUCACACUUGGAC